CCAUGGUAAUAACCUCUAUUCAUCAUAUAGUUCAUUCAUUCGUAGUUUGAGGAGAUGUCGCCUGUUUUACUGCUCUCUGUGAUCCAAUACUAUUUUAACUAACUCCUCUAGGUCGAAGUCGCUAUGAAGAUGUGGGAGGAUGAUUUAGCGUUCUACCUAAUUCUAAUUUUUUAGCUUAUGCAAUGGUAGCGCACAGUAUUUGGUUCAGGUUAAAUCAAACUAGGGUCAUUUCCUCGUUGUAGCUUUCUCGCUAUAAAUUUACUAUACUUUUCCCGACCAGUAAACGGACUACACAAGAUUACGGCACUGCACCUCUGACCCUCUUUGCUUUUAGUGUUGCCACUGUUGUUGCUGCUGCUAAGUUUGAAAUCGUUUACAUCAUCGACUUCUGGAUCGACUAACGUCACAAAAAAGGCACUCACAACUGUGCUAAAUGUUUUUUUUAGACUGUUUAUAGAAAUUUGACCGAAUUUUCAACAAACCUUUCCUUUUCGCUUUAUCGAAGUUUAUUUAGUAUUUGUUGUUAUUUGCAGCAAGAAGAUUGUGAGAUCACGACUUUUAGUCGUGUGAUAGACGAAAAGAACUUCAUAACUGUUUUUAAAGUUAUGUAAAGGAAGAGAAAAACUUGUCUUUUGCGAUCACACUUAUUUUUAGAUUAUUAAGCCUUCACUCUUUAAAAUAGAAACAAUGACUGCAACUAUAUCCGGUAAAAUGGGUAUUGAAGAUGUUGAUUUAAAUGGCAAACGUGUAUUGAUGCGUGUUGAUUUUAAUGUACCAAUUGAAAAUGGUCAAGUUAAAGAUAAACAACGAAUUGAAGGUGCACUACCAACAAUCAACUAUGCUAUUGAAAAAGGAGCCAAAUCUGUUAUAUUAAUGUCACAUUUGGGCCGUCCUGAUGGACAAAAAGUCGAUAAAUAUAGUCUGAAACCCGUUGCUGAAGAAUUGAAACGAUUGUUGCACAAAGAUGUUAAAUUUCUGACUGAUUGUGUCGGCGAUGAAGUGGAACAAGAAUGCUCAAAAGCAAGGGGUGGACAAGUGAUAUUACUAGAAAAUGUCCGUUUUCAUCUCGAAGAAGAAGGCAAAGUGAAAGAUAAAGAUGGAAAGAAAACAGAAGCAAAACAAGAAGAUAUUGAAAAAUUUCGUCAGAGUUUAUCAAAAUUAGGCGAUGUUUAUAUCAAUGAUGCAUUUGGUGCUGCUCAUCGAGCACAUAGCUCGGUCGUUGGUUGUACGUUAGAGAUACGGGCUGCUGGUUAUUUGAUGAAGAAAGAAUUGGAUUAUUUCGGUAAAGUAAUCGAAAAACCAGAUAAACCAUUUUUAGCUAUAUUAGGAGGUGCAAAAGUUGCAGAUAAAAUAAAAUUAAUUGAAAAUCUAUUAGAAAAAGUGAACGAAAUGAUCAUUGGAGGAGGAAUGGCAUUUACAUUUUUAAAAGUGUUGAGACAUAUGGAAAUUGGUAAAUCAUUGUUCGAUGAUGAAGGUUCAAAAAAUGUUGAAACAAUUAUGAAUAAAGCUAGAAGCAAAAAUGUUCAAAUUCAUUUACCAUACGAUUUUAUUACGGCUACUGAUAUGAAAGACGAUGCACAAACAAAAGAAGCGACCAUUGAUCAGGGUAUUAAUAAAGAUUAUAUGGGGUUAGAUAUUGGUAAAAAUUCCAUCAGAGAAUUUUCAGAUGUUGUUAGACGAGCUCGAACAAUUGUAUGGAAUGGGCCAAUGGGUGUAUUUGAGAAAAAAACGUUUGAACAUGGGACAAAAAGUUUAAUGGAAGCGGUUCUUGAACGAUCAAAAGAUCCAUCAGUGACAUCUAUCAUCGGCGGUGGAGACACUGCCACAGCUGCAUUAAAAUAUGGAGCUGAAGGAAAAGUUAGUCAUAUUUCAACUGGUGGAGGUGCAAGUUUGGAACUUUUAGAAGGUAAAGAACUGCCCGGCGUUUCUGCAUUAAGUCAGCGUAAUAAACAAAAACAUUAG